AUGGGGCCCCUGCACCCUUUGCCGCCCGAAGCGAGUGCAGCGCUUGAGUGCGACAAUCCCUGCCUGCUGGAGAGCCUCCCGACCGCCGGGACCCCCUUCUAUGCCUGGUUCGACUCACAACAGCAGUGCCAGGCCAGAUCGCUGCUCGCCCUCGCCGCGCAGGGCGGGGCCGCUAGGGUGGUCGCGGCUUUGCUGGUGCUGCCCGGGGCACGGGAAGCGGCCCGCUUGCCCUCCCCCACAGACCUCUGCACCCCCCUGCACGAUGCGUGCGCCAGCCCAGGACCCGGUACACACCGUAUCAUCGCAUCCCUCAUUGCCGCGGGGGCCGACACGCAGGCCCUUAAUGCUGCCGGGCAGCGGCCCGGGGACCUCCUGACGCAGGUUCAGGCCAAUCCCGCGCCAAAGGAAACCGACGGAAGGAGGGUCAGCCAGCUUUCAAAGGAGUGCUACUGCACCGACGAGUUCCGAAUGUACCAAUUCAAGAUCGACAUGUGUCCCCGGCUAGCUGAGGUGCACGACUGGACCGACUGCCCCUAUGGCCAUCCAGACGAGAAAGCGCGGCGGCGCGACCCGCGCCGCUACUGCUACCAGGGCGUGCCGUGCCCGGACUUCCGCAAGGGCUCGUGCAAGCGCGGCGACGCCUGCUCCUUCUCGCACGGCGUGUUCGAGUGCUGGCUGCACCCCACCAUGUACCGCACGCAGCUGUGCAAGGAGGGCGCGCGCUGCGCGCGUGCCAUCUGCUUCUUUGCCCACUCCAUGGAGGAGCUGCGGGAGGUGGCGCGGGGGACCGCCGCCGAGGCGCGCACCCCGGCGGCGGCGCUGGAGCCCGAGGACGAGCCCUGGCGCGCGCUGGCGCGCGUCCGCCAGCACGCCUGCACCCCGGCCUCCGUCGGCCACAUGAUCGCACGCUCCCACUCCGUCUCCUCUACUGACAGCGGCGCCAGCUGCGGCACGCCCGCCUGGCCCGGCGCGGCCAACGCCGCCGCGAGCUGGGGCGCCGCCGGCUGGGGCCCCGCGGGCCCCGCGCCGGGGUCGCACGGCCUGCACCCCCAUGCCGUGUGGCCGGCCGGCCUCUGUGCCCAGGCCCGGGUGCCGGUGAGUCCCCACGGAGCCCACCCGCCCUUCCCCUUCCAGGCCCGGCCGGCGGCGCCGGGCGCCCCCCCCGGCGCCGCCGAGCCGCCGACGCACUGCGCCGCCGCCGCCCCGGCGCCCUGUUUCCUGCCCAGCGACCUCCAGUUCACCGACGCCGUCUGCCAGUGGUAG